UCUUUGCGUCAUAUUGUCCAAAAGUUAGGACACAAGGCGCGUAUUUUCCCUCAAUCCGAGGGACACUCCAAAAAAAAAAACUUUAAUAUCUCGGUUCGCAGGGCCGUCCCAACGUUCUUUCUUACAGAUUCUUUCGUUUUGUGCAAAAACGUGUCGAAUAAGCCUAAUUUCAUCGAAAUCGGAGUUUUGGAAAUCAUAAUGGCAGAACAAUAUCUUGCUUGGGAUCUCCUUUAUCUGGAACAUAGAGAAGGACGAUUAGAAUGUCAAAUACAAAGAUAUAAUUGGCGUGAGCUACAUGAUCCAUUUGACUUGCACGAUAGUGAAUUUGUACAAUUAUACAGAUUAACUCCAAACAUUGUAAUGGAACUAACAGAUAUUUUAAGACCAAAUUUGGAGAAUCGAAAUCGCAUAAAUGGAAUCAGCCCUGAACGUCAGGUUUUAACUGCGCUCAGAUUUUAUGCUAUUGGCUAUUUUCAAGGAGCAAUCGGUGAACAGUGGGAUAUUGCGAUUAGUCAACCAUCUGUCAGCCGCUACGUACGUAAAGUGACUGAUGCUAUCAACAAUACCUUACUGCGACAAUGGGUUAGAUUUCCCUUGACUGAUAUUGAACGUCAUAUUGCCAGAGAAAAAUUUAGAGUUGCACCCCAGCCAUUUAUGGGUACUAUUGGGGCAAUUGACUGUAAGUAUUUAUAUUAACAUAAAAGGGCCGAUCCGGCAUGAAGAAGCUUAUGUCAACCAUUGGGGUAAUCACACAAUCAAUGCACAAGUUAUCUGCGAUCCUGAUCUCAAAAUUUUAAAUGUGAAUGCACAAUACCCCGGCGCACGACAUGACGCAUAUAUAUGGUCGAAUUCACCAGUACGCCGUAUUAUGGAACGUAGAUUUAAUAAUGGAGAACGUAAUACUUGGUUGAUUGGUGAUGACGGAUAUAGUCUCGAACCGUGGUUAAUGACUCCCUUAAAACAUGAACAACCAAAUACACCAAGGUUUCAAUAUAAUGACGAUUUAUGCAGCACCAGAUCAUGCGUUGAAAGAUUAUUCGGCGUGUGGAAAGCCGUAUUUCGUUGUUUAUCGGCACAGAGACGUCUAAUGUACGAACCAGACAUGGCCGAUAAAAUAGUCAAUGCAUGCGCUGUCUUGCAUAAUAUGAGAAUCCAAAAUUGUUUAUACGAUGUAGAAGUUGAUGAAAAUGAAGUGGCUGCAUUUCAUAAAAUAGGCCUAAUGUGGCUGUCGAACAAGAUGAUAGAGGCAACGUAUUUCAAGGACGGGCACUUGCUACUCGUAUACAAGAACGUUUCAUUGCUCGUGAAUAUG